AUGGACAUUACUUGGGACUCGGAUCAGGAUUACGACGAAUUCCCAGCGACGACGGAUGAUGUGAGGAUCGAGGAUAUCCAAUUGUGCGGAUCCAACAAUCAGACGCCCGAAGAGAUCGACCGACUCCGCCAACGGAUCUGGAAGUUCAGACAUCUCCUGAUCGGCAAAGGAAAUGCGCUCCCACCAGCGGCCCGAGGGGUUGUGUGUGAUAUUGAUGCGGGAGGAGUUCGGCCCAUCGUGCUUAAGUGUCGAGCGCUGCGGAUCCAGUUCCGAGUGAAAUUGGCAGCGUUGAUCAAGGGUCUCCUUCUUACACAGCUGAUGGUUUACCUUAUGCCGCUGAUCAACGACGUACCGGAGGAUCUGGUGUCUACAUUAUGGCAUUGCUCACUGGAUAUGGCGAGCGGAUUCUGGGUGGUGAAGAUGACGGAUUGGGCCCGCCUGAUCUCGGACUUUGUAAACCCCAUUUGGACUUUUCGAUAUAGGUUCACUUGGAUCCCGAAGAUGGCAGGUGAUCUGGAGCAUCUGGACGUAUUCGAGAACCUGAGGAUCCGGGUAAAUCCGAAGGAUCUGUCGGCGCUGACAGAUCUCGAGUUUCCCGGAUCCCUGCGUGCCAUGCAAUCCUUUUUGGGCUGCCUGAACUAUUACAGUCGCUUCAUCGAGGAACAUGCGAUUUACGCGUCUGUGCUGUAUGAGUUGAGGGAGAUCGACUAUGCUGCGAUGAGGAAGGGCAUGAAUCGAAGCCGGAUCCAGCUAGCACUAGCGUCGGAGUCCCCGGAUCCAGACAUGUUGACUAAGGAUUCGGCAAGUCCACGACACUCGUAUCCGGAUCCACGGAGUCCAGAUCCCGAACUUAGUGAGCAAAAUCCAAACCUAGUGGCACAGGAUCCGAUGCAUGAUUGCGGGAAGGUGUCGAACCCCGAGAAGGACAUUCUUGCGGAUCUGGAUCCCCGGUGGAUACAUGGUUACAGGUCUUUUAAGGUGCUAAAGGAGAAGAUCGCGAAGACGCCGAUCCUGGCACUUCGAUUCGGAUCGACAAGCUGUGUGAUGUUCGCGAGCCGUACGUUGAAGUUCAAUGAAUUAAACUAUGGGAUCGCAGAGAAAGAGGUGUUAGCAUUGUUGCGGAUCCUGGAUCUCAACUAUAAUACUUUGGUUGGGAGACCGAUCCGAGUGCUGACGCGAUAUUCCACGCUGGCCUCGUUGUUAAGAUCCAAUGCAUUACAAGGACGCCUGAGCCAGUGGGUCGCGCAACGUUCACCCUGGAUACUCGAGAUGGUCAAGUGUAACAAGGGCGAGGACGAGGUCCUGAGCACAUUAGCAGCCAGGAUCCCACCCUGA